ACUAGAAGGUUGUUGUCUUUGCGUUCUGUACAUGCGCCUUAUCCAGGCCUUUGUGCCUGAGAGUGGACAUAAUGUUUGGUGUGUUCUGUAUUAAAUAUCGAAUAUUGUAUAAUUAGGCCAGAUAUUGUGCAAACGAACCAGUCACCAAUAUCCGGUUACUUCUGUAACACUCAGCGCCCGGGUGGAUCUGUGAUCUGCAUCCGUCUACAGUCUGAGCUCUUCUCCUUCUUGCACUUUACCUCUGAACACUCAUACAUCCUCCAUCUCUCCGUCUCCCACAUGAGCGCAACGUUCUAUUCCCGCUGGGCCGAGCGCCAUGCCUGACCGGGAUAGCUCCUACCUGGCAGGUGGUGGCGGGACGGGGGUGGGCACUGGGGUCGGGGACGAGGGAGGGUCUGGGACGGGUGGAGAGGGUAGAGUGACAGGAGUUGGUGGCUCAGCAGGGGGUAACGGUGGUCCCGGGGGCAUGGGAGGUGGCGGGGCAUUAGGAAACGGUGCGUUUGGCUCCGAUUUGGCACUGGAUGGUGUUUGCCGGGAUUUUUUGCGUAACGUGUGCAAGCGCGGCAAACGCUGCCGCUUCCGGCAUCCAGACUUCAACGAGGUUCCAGAUUUGGGCGUGCAGAAGAACGAGUUCAUCUUCUGCCACGACCAUCAGAACAAAGAGUGCGUGCGCACCAACUGCAGAUUCGUGCAUGGCUCGAAGGAAGACGAAGACUAUUAUAAGAAAACCGGAGAGCUUCCGCUUCGGCUCAGGGGGAAGGUGGCAGCCGGGUUGGGAUUGUCUCCGACCGACCUCCCGUUGAGCCGUGGAGAGGUGCCUAUUUGCAGGGACUACCUGAAAGGAGAGUGCCAACGGGGGAAUAAGUGCAAAUUCCGGCACGUCAGGAAGGAUUAUGAGUAUGAAGCUCCGCCCCGGGGUGGAGUCGGGUGUAUGAUGGGCGUCACUGGGGGCGUCAGUGGGAUGGUGACCGCUGGCGGCGGUGGAGCAGGAGGUGUUGCUGGUGCCUGCAGCGGGAUGUCUGGCCUCGUUGGCGGCGGUGUGGGUAACUACAUGGGAAUGGGAUGUCCCAACAUGGGCGGCUGCAGAGAGCAGGUCAUGUCUGGUGGAGGAGGGGGCUCAUUGAGCGGCUGCAUGUCGAUGGCAACGGCGGGUCAUCGGCGCUAUGACAGGGGCCCUUGCUCUGUCUAUGACCCUCUGUUUGAGAAUGGUAUGUUUGAAGCAGGGCCGGUGGAGGCUCCUGUCGACCACACGGCCCUCCAGCUCAAGAGAAGGCGUUUGGAGGGGCUGCGGUUGACUGAUGGGACCACUGGUGGACAUUAUGACCUGGGGCUUCAGACCACCCUGUCGACCCGACCGUUAGAGUACCGUUUACUGGAAGAGGAGAACGCCCUACUGAGGAAAAGAGUAGAGGAGCUUAAGAAACAGGUGUCAAAUCUCAUAGCCACCAACGAGGUGCUCUUGGAGCAGAACGCUCGGUUCCGGAGCCAGGCUAAAGUGAUGACGCUGUCCUCCACCCCAGCUCAGUCUGAGCAGAGUCUGGUGCCCCCUGUUGGUUCGGUCAGCUCCUACAACCAUGGCAUCGCUCAGACACACACCACUCUGAGCAGUGCUGGUCUGCAGCCACGUCCCGUCACACAACAGGAUCUGGUGGCCCCGUCUGGAGCACCGACCGCCCCUCCAGCAAAUACUGCGCCCCCUACCGCACCCCCUCCGCAUCUGAACCCUGACCCCAUUUCUGCCGCCCUCGCUCAGACUAUCGCCCAGGGAAUGGCUCCACCUGUUUCCAUGGCUCCUGUUGCAGUUUCGGUAGCACCAGUCGCUGUGUCGAUGGCACAACCGCUGCCGGGCAUCACAAUGAGCCAUGCGACCACCCCGAUGGUGUCGUAUCCCAUCGCCAGUCAAAGUAUGAGGAUCACAACCUUGCCUCAUUAGUAUGAACAGAUAUUUUCAUUAAUUCUCCUAACACCCUUUUGUUUAACUUACCAAUAACACUGUAAGCUUCUCAAGUGAAGGGUCUGUUUUGACUGAAGGAACUCAUGAAUACAAAAAUACAGAUCUUUUCUUGUGAAUAUAUAUGAAACAUAUUUCAGUUUUCUUGCCAUGCUUUAACAGAUGAUUGUCUUUAAGAAAGCCGAAAGAAAGAUUGUGGACAUUUAUAAACAUUUUGAAAGAUGUAACUCUUCAGCUAAUCACUACAGGAUUGGGAAUUGUUAGCUGUCAGUUUUAGUUUGACUCCUUUUUGAAUAGUUUGUUUUGUGAAUUGCUUUUGUGUGAACUGAUUAUCGGUCCAUUGCACAAAAUGAAUGAAUCUAACCCAUUAAGCUCCAUUAUUAAUUAUUGUGUUUCUCACACAACAAAACAUAUGUGGGCAUAAAAAAAUGUCAUUAAAAAUGUUCUUUCUUUUUUUGGGAAACUAAAUAACUGCAUUUUUCUGCCUAAA